UAUGACAUUUAGUCGUCUUACGGGAUUUUGGAGAAAGCGCGGUUUGUACUUUUGUAUGUGUUUGUGUGGUGAUUGUUGUUAUGUUAAUGUCACGGUUUUGUCACGCUUUAUGCUUAAGAUCAAUAAGAGACCUGCAUCUCUAUUAUCAUGGCUGUUCAUUAGUUCCAUAGGAGUAUUUGAUCACCAAAAAACAAUGCGUAAAACAAUGUCGAGAUUUAUUGAAAACCCACAUUUCGGAUUCUGGUGGGGGCGUUAAGAUGUUUUUUUUUUCUUCGCAUUUGAGUAUAACUUGGUAAAAUAUUUAUAGAGUUUUUGUAGACGCGAUAGGAGAAAGAGGGUUCCCCGAUGGACAAGAUAUCGAUAUUAUGAAGGGAAAGCUGAUUAAACAAUCGAAGGCAUUUUUCUAAUCAAAGUGUAAACAAACAUAGCCUAAUCAACGUAGAGACAGGUAAAGUUAUGUUUAUCUUUUUGACAUGGAAAUAUUUAUACCUUUAAACAUUGAUUAGUUCCCAAGCUGAGAUUUAAAAGCUAUGUCUCUUGCGCUAAAAUAUCCAACUCGUUGUUUAUGUUAAGACACCAGAGCAAACCAAAAAUAUAUUUUCCAAAACAAAGUUCUCCAAACCGGAAAUGUUAUCUUCAAUCGUGGGACCGUUUGGGUCUGAUUAUUACGUAACUUCCGCUCUCAAUCCGGGCAUUUGAAUUCUCACUUGACGGGCAAGAGGUUAGCGAGAAGUGGAAGCCGUCGCCAUCGCCAUAUGGUUCCUUCGUCUGCUCGCCAAAAAUGCCGGAUAUUUGCACGGUCCUGAGCUGUUCGAAUCGCUCGAAUAGAGAGCGGGAUAGGCGCUAUUUCCGAAUCCCAAAAGUCGUGGAGCACAAAGGGAAACGAUAUCAAGAUAUGACGCGGAAGAGAAGAGAGAGAUGGCUGGCGAAUCUGAACGUGUCGUCUCUCUCAGCGCACGCCCGAGUCUGCAGCGAUCACUUUGUAAAAGGUUUUCCUGGCAACGUUUUUGAUGAGAACGAUGUCGACUGGGCACCAACGCUAAAACUUGGUGAUGAGUCGAAACCGGAUAAACCGGUUCCAAAAAGCACCCGAAAGAGACCCGACGAAAGUCCGAAGGAUGCUCGAACGACACACGACACAAAACCGAAAACACGAAACCAGAAAACCGCAACAUCAAAAGCUACAGAUCCAAAACCUGUAAAAGCCACAGAUCAAAAGCCUUCAAAAGUCGCGGAACAAAAGAGUAAGGCCAAGCCAACAAUAACAAAGAAGCCGACAGAAGCAGUGCAAAAGAAAGUAAAAUCAGAAAAAAUCGAACCUGAAACUAAGAUUACCAAAUCAGAAAAGACAACAAAAACCCACCAAACCGAAGCGAAACCAAAAGAAACCAAACCACCCCAGAAACGAAAACUCUCCGAGGAAGACCAACCACAAGAUAACGAAAACGACAGAGAGUCGAAAAUUGCCCGAAUAGACGAAAACACGACGGAAAUUAAAAAGCCAUCGCCGAAACCUCGAUAUGAGGAUUUGUGGCCGAAAACGAGAGAAAGAGAGGCCGAGGUUUUCCUUGACAUGCAGAAAGUUAUUCGUAUUGAAGUGUCAAGAAGUGACAUGGGAGACGGGCCCCUGGACUUCAAUGGUCGUUUAAAGCAACGACCCAAAGAAAUGCAGUCUGUUGCAUGUCAGACAGACUUGACUUCCCAGGAGAUACAGUCUUUGGAGGAUGAACUAAGUAAAGUCAAACAACAACUGUACAUUCUCGAGAUGAAAACAAUGCGAUCCAACAGAUCUAAAGUGGAUUCAUCUAGGUUAAUUACCUGAGUAUAAGCUUACUUCUUUGACCCGUGCAUUAAACAACAAACAUUGUAUAUAACGAAUGCAUCUUAUAUGAGACUUCAGUGAGACUUCACCUGACAACUCUUUGCUCAGUUUUAGGCGCAUUCUAUUACGUUUGAAUAUGGCAAAUAUACGCAACAUCAUGGUAUACAAAUAACGUUGUUGGUGCAAAUAGCGAAUAGCAAAAUGGCAGUUCAGACGCGGCGUUCAGGUAUUACCUAUUUCUAAGAAUAAGAAUGAUAAUUAAACAAAUGGCAAUAAGUAAACAAAAUGACAAUAAGUAAACAAAUGUUAAUAAUUUAUUGCAAUUCGUAGAAAUAUAAAACUACAGCCGUAUGUUUGACUAGUAGAACUGCCAUUUGAAUUUGCUUUUUGAGCUGACCAUGUCUUGUAACAUAGGUACAGUACAUCAGCCUAUAGAAUGUACAGUACAUUAGCCUAUAGAAGGUACAGUACAUCAGCCUAUAGAAUGUACAGUACAUCAGCCUAUAGAAUGUACAGUACAUUAGCCUAUAGAAGGUACAGUACAUCAGCCUAUAGAAUGUACAGUACAUUAGCCUAUAGAAGGUACAGUACAUUAGCCUAUAGAAGGUACAGUACAUUAGCCUAUAGAAGGUACAGUACAUUAGCCUAUAGAAGGUACAGUACAUUAGCCUAUAGAAGGUACAGUACAUUAGCCUAUAGAAGGUACAGUACAUUAGCCUAUAGAAGGUACAGUACAUUAGCCUAUAGAAGGUACAGUACAUUAGCCUAUAGAAGGUACAGUACAUUAGCCUAUAGAAGGUACAGUACAUUAGCCUAUAGAAUGUAAAGUACAUCAGCCUAUAGAAGGAACAGUACAUUAGCCUAUAGAAGGUACAGUACAUCAGCCUAUAGAAGGUACAGUACAUCAGCCUAUAGAAGGUACAGUACAUUAGCCUAUAGAAGGUACAGUACAUUAGCCUAUAGAAUGUACAGUACAUCAGCCUAUAGAAUGUAAAGUACAUUAGCCUAUAGAAGGUACAGUACAUUAGCCUAUAGAAGGUACAGUACAUUAGCCUAUAGAAGGUACAGUACAUUAGCCUAUAGAAGGUACAGUACAUUAGCCUAUAGAAUGUACAGUACAUUAGCCUAUAGAAGGUACAGUACAUUAGCCUAUAGAAUGUACAGUACAUUAGCCUAUAGAAGGUACAGUACAUUAGCCUAUAGAAUGUACAGUACAUUAGCCUAUAGAAGGUACAGUACAUUAGCCUAUAGAAGGGUUUAAGCCAGGGGAAAAAGGGGCAUCCAAACAGAUAUUUUAAUAACAACAGCUGUACAAUCGCGGUUUCUUUGUGACCAAGGGCUUGCACAUACCUUGUGACCUCCACCACCACACCACCCCACACAAAUUACGUACACAUUAGCUGUAUUGACAUUCAAUCAGAAGCAUAAGAAUUAUGUCUAGAUGAGCAAAGGCCAAAUUAAUUCAACAACACGUGCCUUGCAUAAGUUCUUAUGUUUUUGUUUUGCUCAUUUACAAAUGAAAGUUUGAAACAGAAUUUAUUUCAGCAACGCCCACAUGGCGUAUAGUUAUUAAGAGAGCAGAUGAACUUAAUGAUACGGCUUUUAUUGCAGCAGCAACAAUAGAUCCGAAUUUUCGAACAUCGACAUUUGUAUGUGGCAUUUAAGCUAUUAAAAAGUCAUUGAAAAAGAUGUGGAUUUCCCAAAAAAAUUUCCUCUGAGGAUCAUUUGAGAAUUUGUUACGUGAUUCCUUUGCAGUAGGUUGCUGAACAGAAUCUUAGAACAGUUUUUUUAAUAAUUUUAUAUAAAACCGAAAUUAAUGGAAAAUAUCAGAUACAUGUAACCAGUAAUUUUUUUUUCUUGUAGCAGCAGCCAGCGUGUGGUAGUUGUAAAUAUGUGUAGAUAAACAUUUUUAGAAACAAAUACUGUAUAUGCAUUUUUAUAUUAUAAAAAUGUGUGUUUAUAUUAUAAAAAUAAUGUUUUUUUUGCUCAAUUAUGGUUUAAAUGAUCUUAAUAAAAAUUAUCCUUUCAAAUA